UCUUCUCUUAGUCAUAAAACUCCACAAAAUCAUUUGAAGUGGCAUUUGUCGUUGUAUAGAAUGCAGAAAAUAAAGGUUCUUCUUAUAUUCCCUCUAUUUUUUGCAUUUUUAAAGGCCAAAAAUGCUUAUAGAACCAAUUGUUAUUACGGCUCUUGGGCCGAGGAAGGCUUAGGACGAAAGCUGACACCCGAAAAAUUUGAUCCCAAGUUGUGCACUCAUUUCAGUUAUGCCUUCUUUGAUGUGGACGAUAAGGGAAAAGUAAAACAUUACAAGAAUGAGAAAGAUCGGAAAUUGCUGUCAAGAGUUUUAAAAUUGAGAUCAAGAAAUAAAAAUUUAAAAUUGAUUGCCGUUAUUGGAGGUCCCGAUGUAGACUCAUCCGUAUUCUCGAACAUAGCCGAAACGCCCAAAUAUCGCAAAAAUUUUCGGGUCUCAGCUAAAACCGUUCUGAAGGAUUUACGAAUGCAUGGCCUGGAUUUGCAUUGGCUGGAACCUGGCAGUGCGGAUAAUUUUAAUGACAAGGCCAAUCUGGUAACACUGUUGAGUGAUUUAAGAGAAGAAUUUAAUCAAACACUCUCUCUGGGCGUAAGUGUGAGAGGUCAAGUUGAUUACGCUCAGCGUUGGUAUGAUAUUCCGAAAAUUGCAAGUCUAGUUGAUUAUAUCAAUGUAAUGGCCUAUAAUUACACCCAUUCUGGUGUCCUGCAUGCCCCUCUUUUCACAGCGGGUGAAGACAGUGUGGAUGAAUCCAUACAAUUUUGGCUAUCCAGGGGUGCUCCCUCCGAAAAACUAAAUUUGGGUGUAGCUUUAAUUGGUCGCUCUUACAAAGUAAGGGUAAUGCAAUCGAAUUCUAUGACGACCGAAGGACCUUAUGUGGCUGCAAAUGGUAUCCGGGAAUUUACCAGAAUCAAGAAAUACCACGAAAUGUGUACCACAAUAUACAACAACACAGCAGAGUAUCAUUAUGAUCCAGUCACAGUGGCUAGCUUCUCAAUUGAAGAUGGAACUGUGUUGACCGGUUUUGAGUCCGAUCAGAGUUUUGCAGUCAAAAUUGGAUUUAUGAUAGAAUACGAUUUGGGAGGCUUAAUGAUUUGGACAAUCGACAACGAUGACUUUACAGGCAAAUGUGGAGAAAAGUUUCGUCUAUUGAAAUUAAUUAAAUAUUGUCUAGAGAGUAAUUAUGGUUAUAUAAAGUGUACCACAUACCUUCCUGUUGAUUAAAAAAGUUUGGAGAAAAUCUCAUCUGACCAAAUAUAGAUUCAUUUGAUUUUCGACUAUUAA